CGCACCGGCACUGGAGGCGAAAUUUCAUUAUUUGGCGCACUGGAGCGGGGGGAGAGAGAGAGAGAGCUGGAAGGUGGAAGCAAAAAUCCAGAGUCUAUAGAGGGAGGAUGGAGAUCUGGAGCUCCUGGGGAGCAACGAGAAGCAGCUGGAAAAUCUCAUGGUAACGGUUGGCAGAGGGGGUCCUUGAUCUCUUCCUGAGCUGGAGGACUCCAUCUUUCGAGCCGCGGACCCGGAGAAACUUGGAUCUCUAGGCCAUCCAAGGGAAGGUUUACUCAUUCCUUGCUGGUAGCCUACUGCAUUGCUGCCUGCCCUCAGAUCCGAGCUGCCGCAAGAAGAAAGGUGGAAUCUUUGCUCGCCUUCUGGACAAAUCCGUCCAAAUUUGGGGGUUUCUUGAGCUGUUCUUGGGAGCGCCGUGCUUCAAGUUUUUUUGGGGGGAAAAUGUCGUUUUCUUUGCCGGGGUAGAUGCGGGAGUGAUGUCGACCACUUUAUGAGCUUUCCCCCUGCUAUUUUGGGGUUUAGAUUCGCUCUAGUUAUGGCGGAUCUUGACAUGGAGCAUUAGGAGUUUCUUUCGUCGAAGGCGGAAGGAGCUUGCUGUAAGCUGCAAUGUCUCUCAAGAGCAUUGUGCGGGAGCUGAAGGAGAUGAGGGACGGUAUCGGGAGCAUGUCGAGACGCGGCGGCAGCGGCUCCGACGGGCGUGCCUUCCACGGCCGCUCGGGGUCGCGGCAUUCUUGGCCCAGCCUGUGGGCGGAGCAGCAACAGUCGCAUCGGCAGGGCCAGGGCCUGGGUCCGGGCCCGGAGGGGCCGCAUCAUCAGCAUCAGGGGCGGUGGGCGAACUUGCCUCCGGAACUGCUGCUGGAUGUGAUACAGAGGGUGGAGUCCAGCGAGGCGACGUGGCCGGCGCGGCGCCAGGUCGUGGCAUGCGCAGCCAUUUGCCGAUCAUGGCGCGAGGUCACCAAGGAGGUGGUGAAGACGCUCGAGGAGUGUGGCAGGAUCACCUUCCCCAUAUCCCUUAAGCAGCCGGGGCCUCGUGAAAUGCCGGUCCAAUGUUUUGUGAGGAGGGAGAGGGCAACAUCCACAUAUCUACUCUACCUAGGGCUCAGCCCAUCUAUGAAUGUGGAGAAAGACAAGUUAUUGCUUGCUGCCCGUAAGGUCAGGCGUGCCACAAGGACUUAUUUUGUGAUAUCACUGGUCUCUGAUGAUUUCUCUCACUCUAGUAGCACCUACGUUGGCAAACUGAAGCCAAACUUCCUCGGCACAAAGUUCACAAUCUUCGACAGCCAGCCUCCUCCUGACGCUGUAGUGCUACCAAACAAUAAGACAAGCAAAAGGCAGUCCAAGCAAGUAUCACCGAGACUGCCGCUAGGCAAUUACAAUGUUGCUACAGUCACGUACGAGCUCACCGUCCUACGCAACAGGGGUCCAAGGAGAAUGCAAUGCACCAUGCACUCAAUACCAGCUGAGUGCAUCCAGGAGGGCGGGAAGGCCCCUACCCCUACAGGCGCCAUCCAGUCGCUUGACGAGCCAGUGUCGUCCACCUUACCUAGUGCCAAAGGGAAGGAAGUGGCUGUAGAAUUCUCUUCGACAAGCCUCAGCGCCGAUCUGUCUGGACCGGCCUGCGUGAACGGAACACCUCUAGUGCUGAAGAACAAAGCUCCUCGUUGGCAUGAGCAGCUGCAGUGUUGGUGCCUCAACUUCCGGGGGCGUGUCACCGUCGCGUCAGUGAAGAACUUCCAGCUCGUCGCCUCUGUUGAUCCUUCCCUAAACAUCCCCGCAGCGGAGCAGGAGAAGGUGAUCCUCCAGUUUGGGAAGAUAGGCAAGGAUAUAUUCACCAUGGACUACCGGUACCCACUCUCGGCGUUCCAGGCCUUUGCGAUCUGCCUGACCAGCUUCGACACCAAACCGGCCUGCGAAUGAUUGACGGUAGUUUAAAAUCGCGGGUGGAGUCUUGUGUACGUCCGUGUUCUUCCAGGGCGAUGUAAAUUCUUUAUCUUGCCAUGCUGGGCCUCUGCUGCCCAGGCGAAAUGGUAGCUUGUGAGGUGGAGAUGAGCGAUAGCAUCUGUACCAUAGGAAGAGAUUUGAGCGACCUUGUUUACCCAACUGUUAUAUGUAUUAUUGCUGGGAUGUUUGGCUGUGAAAUAUCACUGCCGUAUCGAUAAUGGACGUUGACCAUUUUGCUC